UAAAAUAAUCUUUAGAAAUUAUAAUAAAAUGAUGAGUGCUGUUACCUGUUCUGUACUAUCUAAUGAUGUACCUGGUUUGAUAAUACAUUUUUUAAAACAUUUUUCAAUCAUUUUCUGUAAAAAUAUUAUUAAACAUACUUUUAAUUUAAAUAUAAUUUGUAAAUGUGAAAAGAAAAAUAUUGUAUAACUGUACCGUUAAUAAUUCUUGUGCAUUAGCAACAGCAAUUUGUUGUUUAACUUGUUCCAUGAGUUCACUUUUUUCCGCUCCUGUUAACGAAUUAGCAGAUAUUGAAUUCAUUUUUUUAUGUUAUAAACUGUUUUAUUCUAUAAAAUCUAAAUCAAAAUGCUUUCACGCUGCCCUUCUUAAAUACUAUCGAUGCAAGCACCGGGUAUUGGUCAAAUAGAAUUGGGAUUGAAAAGGUUAUAAUCUUGGCUCUAGACAGGAUAGUCAACUUGAAUAAAACAUAUUUCAAUUUUAUUUUUGUAUUUAAUGGUAUCAAUUAUGAAAUAUGGAGGGAAGUUUUCCGAAUAAAGAUUUUGUGAUUUAUCGUAAUGUAUAAAUAACAUAAUUAAAUAGAUGUAAACAAAAUGUCAAUUUAUUAUAUAAUUUAUUUAUUGUUGCAUAAACCUAUAUUAUGCAUUUGUUUUAAUUGAUAUACGCAAAAAUAAAAUACCAUAUGAAAAAGAAUGCAGCGCGAAGCAAAGAUUUUUACAAGAAAAAUCUCAGAUAAGAGCAAUGAAUUAGACGAUGAACAUGUUAAGUCCAAAAAUAAAAUUUUAGAAGCUUUAGAACAGGUACAAAAUUAUGAUACAAAUCAAAACUCUUAUGAUUCUGAUCGUACUUAUUUUAGUGUCACGCAUACAGAUGAAGAAAUAUGUUCACCUGUAUUAGAAGACUUAUUAAUAGAAUUAAAUAUAUUAAGACUGGAAAAACAAUUGUAUGCAGAAAAAAACGAUUUAUUCCACUCAAUUUGUUCUUAUUGUAGACAUAUUUUUGAAAUACCAAAGAAUUUGAUGAAAUCAGUGGAUGAUAUAACUCUUAGUCCACUAAUAAAAUGCAAAGCAGAUUUAAGUUUUCUUCAAGCUAUAGUUUGGUUGAAAUCAGUUGCAAUAAGAAUGCAUGAAAUUCCUGUUGAAGAAUAUAACAUGAUAUUUAAUGUAUCUACGAAAAUUCCUAAGCAUAAUGUUAUACAAUCUUUGUCACAUAUAAAUGGUAUUCAUUUAGUUGUUUAUACUAUUUUAUCUUUUUUUUAUGCUUGUUUGUUUCAAUUUUAAAAAGCAAAAUUAUUUGAAAUAAAAAGAACAAAAAUAUUAUAGAUUUUCCCCUUUCUAAGUUGCAAGGAAAUUAUAAGAAAAAAAUGAUCUGCACUAGUCCUAUUCAUUCUAAUAAAGAAUUGAAUAAUAUGGACUCAUUAAAGUCUUAUAAAUCAUGGCAUGAUUCCAAUGAACAUGAUUUAAUAGAAUUGUACAAAGAAAAAGAAAAUUGUACAAAUAAAAAUAAUAUAGAAGACCUAUCAGAUCCUUUAACUCCUCAAAGGUGGAAUAAUUUAUACACAAUAGAUGGAUGUGUACCUGAAAAUUUGAUCAUUCCAGAGUCAGAUGAAGAAUUAACAAUAAAUUCAGAGAAUUUUAAUAAAACAUAUCAAGAACAUCUCGUAACACCAGAUUUAAUUAGUUUAGGAAAUGAUUUUUUAAAUUAUAAUGAAAGUAAUACUUCUGAAAAACACGACAGUGCAUAUGAUACUUUAAAUAUUGAUCAAGAUUCCGUUGUUAUUUUUAAUAGUAUUAAUGAAGAAAUACGUAACAAAUAUCUACAGAAAAAACGGAAAUUAGAAAUAGAAGAUAUAUCGAGAAAAAAGACAAAGUAUACAAAAGGAAAUAUUUCGACUAGAUGGGGAAAUUUUACUCUUAGAAGAUUGGAAACAAAUGAUAUUGUCAUAAAAUCAAUACAAAUAAUUUUAAGGGUUUUCAAAAAUGAAAACAUAGUUAAAGAAUAUUUGAAACGAAAAUAUUGGAUUGAUACAUUAGAAAAGGAAGCUCUAGAUGCAAUAUUAAAUUUUUCAAAUAUUUUUAGAUUAGAAAUGAAAUCUGAUAUAUGUGGUCGUGUAGUUUUACAAGCAAUACAAGAUAUAUUAGAGCAAAUAUAUCAAGUUACAAAUUUUAAUAAGGCAACAUUACAAAUAUAUCAUAUAUCUAUUAUUUUAGAAUUUUGUAAUUCUCCAUAUAUUUGUAAUGAAAUCAUUGAUUUUCUUAUCAAAAAAUUAGAUGAUGUUCAAAUUACUUUAAAGAAUAUAUUUAAGAAAAGAUCAUAUGGUAUUCAUAAUGCAAUUAAUAUAGUACAUCUUAUUUUAUAUGCUUUAAGUAUUUGUUUGCAAAAAUAUACAAUUAUCAUUCGUAGUAACAAAAAUAAUACUGAACACAAUAUUAUACCAUCAGUAACAAGUCUUUGGCUCAAGCAAUGGAACAUAGAUCAAGUCUGUGAUGAGAAGACAAAAGAACAGAAAAACAUAAAAAAAUGGGCAAAUAGUUUAGAAGCUUUUACAAUGACUUACAUAAAUGAUAUUCCAUUAUUAGCAAAAAAAUCACGACAGCUAUAUCUCAUAUUGGUUACAUAAUAUAUUUAUUAUUUUUGUACAGAUGUGAAUUUAAUAAUAAGAGAUAUAUAGUGAAUAAAUUAUUGAAAGAAUUUCACUUUGUUAUAUUGUUCAAAAAUAGGAAAAAUAGGAGUUAUAAUAUAUAUUUGACUUAUUUAAAAUAUGAUUUAUAUUAUAUUUAGAUACAUAUAUAUUUUAUAAAAUUAUUUAUACAUCAUAUUUACUAAAAUUAACAGAAAUAUAAUAUUUAUCCAUUUAUGGAAGUUGAGAUUACUGGCAUUAUUUUCAGAAGUUAUAUCUGUAUGUAAAGAAUCAUUUGUCCAUUGGCAUAACAAUUCUUCAUUGACUGGUAUAGUAUUAAAAACAAUUUUUGAAAAUAUGUCUAAGGGACAAAUUAUAGAACACUGUGGAAGUGUCAGAAAAAUAUUUUCUUUAUGAAUACCCGUAUAAUAAUUUAUCUGAAACAAAGAUAUAUUUUUUAACAAUAAAAUAGUUUCAGAAUAAUUUAUAUUGUAAGUAA